AUGAAAAGUCGAGUAUCAUCAUUAACGACAUUAUCAACAUCAUCAUUUGAAUCAAGAGUUAGAUGCACUAGUUAUCUGCGUUUGAACGAUACCACCAAACUUUUAGAUUUACCAACCGAUAACGAACUCUUUGAUCAAAUCAUACUACCUACAUCAAGAUACAACAAUAAGCAACAACUGAAUCAUCAUUUCCAACAAAUCAAACACGACAAUCAUAAACCAAUUGAUGACAAACAUUCAUUACUCUAUUUAUUAAACACUCCAUUAUUACCAAACACUUUAUACUCUAUAAGAAUAUCUCAUACUGCAGUAAGUCCUGCAGACUUCACAAUUAGAUUCCACCCAAAUCAUAAUUUCGUUAAAUCAAGCGGUCAACAAGAUCAACCUAAAACAGGUCGUGAUCUAUUGAAUACAGAAAUAUUUAAAUUUAGAACAAAUGAUAAUGGUUUUCCUGAUCUCUUACUUGAUAAACAAUGUAUAGUUGUUGUAAUUGAAUCAUUUAAUACAGGUAUAACACCAGCACAUAUCAACAACGAUAAGAACAGAUUAGUUAGUUUCAAUUUGAUUCUAGAGACAGAAUCUAUAGGUGUUCCACCAGAGAUACCAAGAAUGGUUAGCAUCAUCAUUGUCAGUAUAUUAUUUAUGGCAUUUUUCAUUGUUAGAUUACUAUUCCCAAGAAUGAAAGGAUUUCAACUCUUAGUAUAA